AUGGCUUGGUUCCAAGAUGUAGAAUCUAUGUUGAAUCACCAUUUGGCAGGAUUACUAGGACUUGGAUCUCUUUCUUGGGCCGGGCAUCAAGUACAUGUAUCUUUACCAAUUAACCAAUUUUUAAAUGCUGGAGUAGAUCCAAAGGAGAUUCCACUUCCUCGUGAAUUUAUCUUGAAUUGGGAUCUUUUGGCUCAACUUUAUCCCAGUUUUGCCGAGGGAGCAACUCCAUUUUUCACCUUGAAUUGGUCAAAAUACGCGGAUUUUCUUACUUUUCGUGGAGGAUUAGAUCCAGUAACUGGCGGUUUAUGGCUGACUGAUAUUGCGCACCAUCAUUUAGCUAUUGUGAUUCUUUUCCUGAUAGCUGGUCACAUGUAUAGAACCAACUGGGGGAUUGGUCAUGGUAUAAAAGAGAUCUUAGAGGCCCAUAAGGGUCCAUUUACAGGCCAGGGUCAUAAAGGUCUAUAUGAGAUCCUAACAACUUCAUGGCAUGCUCAAUUAUCUAUUAACUUAGCUAUGUUAGGCUCUUUGACUAUUGUUGUAGCUCACCUUAUGUAUUCUAUGCCUUCUUAUCCAUACCUAGCUACCGACUAUGGGACCCAACUAUCAUUGUUCACACAUCACAUGUGGAUUGGUGGAUUUCUCAUAGUUGGUGCUGCUGCGCACGCAGCCAUUUUUAUGGUAAGAGACUAUGAUCCAACUACUCGAUACAACGAUCUAUUAGAUCGUGUCCUUAGGCAUCGCGAUGCAAUCAUAUCACAUCUAAACUGGGUAUGCAUAUUUUUAGGCUUUCACAGUUUUGGUUUGUAUAUUCAUAAUGAUACCAUGAGCGCUUUAGGGCGCCCCCAAGAUAUGUUUUCAGAUACCGCUAUACAAUUACAACCCGUCUUUGCUCAAUGGAUACAAAAUACCCACGCUUUAGCUGAUAAGUGA